GACGCGGGGCGCAAAAUGGCGGGUGCCGCGCAGGUGUGCGAGAACAUCCAGAUGCUGCUGGAGGCGGCCGAGUUCCUGGAGCGCCGCGAGCGAGAAGCCGAGCACGGCUACGCUUCCCUGCUGCCCUACAGCGCGAAGGAGAGGGAGGCCUCGAAGAGGAGGAGCAGGCCCAAGAAAGGCGGCGGCGGCGGCGGCAGCAGAUCAACACAUAAUGAAAUGGAGAAGAAUAGGCGUGCUCAUCUACGAUUGUGUCUGGAGAAGCUUAAAGGGCUGGUGCCUCUUGGGCCAGAAUCCAGUAGACAUACUACAUUGAGUUUACUAACAAAAGCUAAAUUGCACAUAAAGAAACUUGAAGAUUAUGACAGAAAAGCAAUACACCAAAUAGAUCAGUUGCAACGAGAGCAGCGGCAUCUGAAAAGGCAGCUGGAGAAACUGGGUAUUGAGCGUAUACGAAUGGACAGUAUAGGGUCAACAGUUUCUUCCGAACGGUCAGAUUCAGACAGAGAAGAAAUUGAUGUGGACGUGGAAAGCACAGACUAUCUCACAGGGGACCUCGACUGGAGCAGCAGCAGCAGCAGCCCCAGUGAUUCAGACGAGAGGGGCAGCUUGCAAAGCAUCUGCAGUGAUGAGGGUUAUUCAAGCGCCGGCAUUAAGAGAAUAAAGCUGCAGAACCAUCUUAAGGCCUGCCUCAGCCUAUAA